AUGGCAGUUGAUAAUAAGAAAUUCCAUGUUUUGUUUAUUGGAGCGGGAAACAUCACCUUCGGCAAUGACAAUGUUCUUUGGAACCAUUCGGUGCGGAUCGAAACAUACCUAGGCACAAAACUCGAAGUUAUUGGAAUUGUCGAUCCUUCUGUGGAACGCGUCCAACAAGUACUUUUUCAAAAGUCUUCGUCACCGGCCGCGACUUGCUACGAGAAGACGAAGCACUUUCUCACGCUACAAGAGGCACGAGAGCAACUGAGACGCGCAGGGGCUCUACCAGAUCUCAUUUUGUUAGCCACCCCGCCCCAAUUUCGAGGAACUACACAGCCAGGGCGCGAUCUGGAAGCCCAAGUCGUCUCCGCUUUUGGUCCUGAGCCAGGAUUAUUCGUUGAGAAGCCUGUAUCAACAGCUCGCCCCGUCGAACUGUGGCCAGUUGCCAAAAUAGUUCAGCAAUCAGGUAACAAGAUCGCUGUGGGCUAUAUGCUUCGCUAUGUCAAGGUCGUGCAGAAAGCCAUGUCUAUUAUACGCGACAAUGAUAUAAAGGUAAUGGCUGUAAAUGCUCGAUACAGCAUGGCUUACUCGAAGGUGAGAAAGACGGACUGGUGGAACAAAGCAAAGCAGUCUGGACCCCUUGUUGAGCAAGCAACCCACUUUUGUGAUCUUUGUCGAUAUCUCGGUGGAGAAGUUGACCUCGACACGGUAAGGGCAUGUGCGUUGGAGCAUUAUGAGGCGGCUGGGAAGUUGUCGAACAUGCUUGUGGACGAGUUACAGGUACCUGCUGAGGACCGUAUUCCUCGUGUAACUGCAGCAUUCUGGAAAUACCAAAGUGGUGCAGUGGGAUCACUCAUGCAUAUAGUCGCGCUGCAUGGUAUCAGAUAUACUAACGAGAUCGUCAUUAGCGGAGACGGCUUUCAGCUUCGCCUUGUUGAUCUCUAUAGAACGCCAAUACUCCAUGUAAGGACCCCGGCCUCAGAAGAAGAAGAGUCAUUCACCUUCCUCAAUGACGACCCAUUCUAUUCGGAGUUUGCAGCUCUGCUAGGCUCCCUCGGCUUCGGGCCUUGCCAAGAAGCUGCAGACGGAGUAGAAAGUGAGAGAGAUGAUGGGUGUGCUACCUCAACUCAAACUUUGUCAUCAUACGAAGAUGCAUGCAAAACAUACGAGUUUACAUGGAAAAUCCGCGACGAGAGCGAGAAGUCAAGCGAGCAGUUUCGCCGCAACUGA